GACAGGCAUGCGCAAAUGGUGUCAACAAAAGUUUUAAUUGAACGAGAUUUAAUUUGGAAGUAGACCUAGAGAGAUUGAGCUCUCAAGAUCUAUUAAUUAGUUAUUCUAAAUAUGAAUGUCACAAUAAACUAGGUUCUUGUUCUUGAUAUAGACCUAUGCAGCAUAAUCUAAAAAUGGAUUUCGGACUAGAUUCAACAUAGACAUAGAGGUCUAGGUUCUAGAUUAAUUUAUCAUGGAUUCUUUCAAGAACACUAUAGGAAAAGUUAUUGACUUUACAAAGGUUUCCAGCAUGACUACACUAGAAACAGCGUUAAAGAAAUCUAUGUCCGACAUGGGCAGAAGAACAGAACAUCGUUUGUCCGAGGCAACAGCAUCAACAGAUGACAAGGUCAGUUUAGCUGAGUUUGAAAAGAGUUACAUGCACAAAAUGAAUGCAGACGCUCUAAGCCUGUAUCAGGAGGAUCUCAAAUGCAAUGCUGAGUCUAUCCAUGGUGUUGUUAAAAAAACAGUGGACAGUAACAUUACACAGGAUAUGGAUAGAAAGAAAACAGGAUCUAAAGCCAAUUUGGGAACAUUUUUUGGAGUGUUCUUGCCCUGCUGUCAGAACAUUGUUGGAGUUAUCUACUUUGUACGCAUGCCUUGGAUUAUUGGAUGUGCUGGAGUGCUGGAAGGCUCAGCUAUUGUCCUGAUCUGCUGCGGAAUGAGUAUUUGCACGGCAUUGUCCAUGAGUGCCAUAGCAACCAAUGGAAGGGUAACAGCUGGGGGAACAUACUUCAUGAUAUCUCGGUCACUUGGUCCUGCCUUUGGUGGUUCCCUAGGAGUUCUCUUCUUUAUGGGAACAUCAAUCUCAGUGGCCAUGUAUUAUCUAGGAACCAUUGAAACACUGCUAACCUACAUUGCUCCGAAAAUUGCAAUAUUUGGUGUAAGUCCAGAAGAUCCUAAACGCUAUCAUGAUUACAGACUGUUUGGCUCUUGCCUGUUAAUCAUCAUGACUACUGUUGUCUUCCUGGGAGUCAAAAUUGUCUCCAGGCUGGCCUUCUGUGCUAUCAUAUUUUUAUUUGCCGCUUUGCUCAGCAUUUUCCUUGGCUUUAUAAUGGCCUCACCAGAAACCAGUGCAAGAAUAUGUGUUUUGGGUGAUCAUGUGAUAAAAUUUGAGUUGGUCCAUCCAAAUAAUACUUGGGAAUGCCAUAAAAACAAAACAGGACCACUUUACGAUGCCUACUGCAAAAAGAUCAAUGGUACAGAUGUGUGUGAAGAGUAUUUUGUAAAGAAUGAAGCUCAACUUCUACCUGGAAUUCCAGGAUUUCGCAAAGACAUUUUUAUCGACGCCAUCUACAAUCACUACACGGAGAUUGGUAACAUUCCAGGGACAAAAACACCAGCCAAGCAUGAGAGAGAAAUCGUCAGUGAUAUCACAACUAGUUUUGUUGUACUCAUUGGCAUUUACUUCCCUUCUAUCACAGGAGUGGAGUCUGGGUCUAACUACUCUGGAGAUCUGCGUGACGCCCAGAUUUCAAUCCCAAGAGGCACUAUUGCUGCAGCGUUUGUCACUUCAUUUAUGUAUUUCUCUUCUGUAAUAUUAAUGAGUGGAAGUGUUGAAGGGAAACUACUCCGUGAUAAAUAUGGGGAAAGUAUUAGUAUUAAUGGUGAGCUGGUGUUGUCUCUGAUGGCCUUCCCUUCCAAAUGGGUUGUUUUAGUUGGAACAUUGACUGCUACCAUUGGUGCUGGACUUCAAGCUCUUGCUGGAGGACCCAGACUACUGCAAGCUAUUGCUGAUGAUAACAUUAUACCUCAUCUGAGCUUUUUUGCUCAGAAAUGGCGGGGUGAGCCAGUGCGCUGUCUGAUAGUGACAUUCUUUAUAGCAGAGAUGGGAAUACUUAUCGCCUUCCUGGACUAUGUGGCUCCAAUAGUUACCAUGUUUUUCUUAAUGUGCUAUGGUUUUAUCAACUUUGCUGUGACACUUCAGUCACUGUUGGAUACUCCCCACUGGCGACCCAGCUUCAGGUAUUAUCACUGGAGCUUGACUUUGUUUGGCACAUGCCUGUGUUUGGCCACAAUGUUCAUCUGUAGUUGGAAGUAUGCCAUAAUAGCCUUGGUCAUCGCUGCACUGAUGUAUCAAUACAUGGAAUAUAAAGGAGCUGAGAAGGAAUGGGGGGAUGGAAUGACGGGCUUAAAUAUGUCUGGGGCACUGUAUGCACUCAUGCGACUGAAACAAGACUACAAACACAUAAAGAACUGGAGGCCUCAAGUUUUAGUACUACUUAAGAUGAGCGACAUCAAUUUUUUUCAGUCAGCAUUCAAUGAUGAUGACCUUUACCUUGUCACCUUGGCAGAUAUGUUGAAAGCAGGUAAAGGCUUAUCAAUGUUUGGCACUGUCAUUCAAGGACAUAUGGAUGAAAUGCAGGAUGAAAAAGAAAUGAUUAGAAAUGCCUAUGCCAGAUGCUUAGAAAAUGCUGGUGUGAAAGGAUUCAUAGAAGUUGUUAUCCAUCCAAACGUGGUGGAUGGACUCAGUUGCAUGAUACAGUCUGCUGGCCUAGGUGCACUCAGGCCAAACACGGUUUUAAUUGGCUGGCCCGUUGAGUGGACGGAAAACAGAAACAUGGCUUCCUACAAUGUAUUUUUAGAUACUAUGAGGACGGUGAGUCUGUGUAAGGAUGCUUUGAUUAUACUAAAAGCUAAAUCCUUUCCUUGUAAAGGUAUGAAGUGUAAAGGAACUAUUGACAUUUGGUGGAUAGUAAAUGAUGGGGGAAUGUUGCUACUGAUUGGUCACUUGCUAAAACGUCACAAAAUUUGGAGUAGGUGUCAACUCAGGUUAUUCACAGUAGCAGGGAAAGACGACAAUGUAGUGCAAAUAAAAAAAGAUCUUAUCACUUAUUUAUACCAGCUACGAAUAGAUGCUAUUGUAGAAGUUGUCCGUAUGGAUGAAAAUGACAUGUCAGCUUAUGUCUAUGAACGAGCAAUGAAACUAGAAGAGAAAACAAAGUUGUUGAUUGUUUUAGCCAAGAGAAACAGAUUGAUGUCCACUUCAACAGGUAGACGGAACACAAUGAUGGGUCGAGAAGUUCAGUUGGUGCUAGAGAAUGCUCGCAUGAGUAGAAAUGACAUAUCUUCAUCUAUAGAUGCUUACUCAAAGAAAGAAAGUAUCUAUCCAAGCCCUGAUGAAAUCAAAAUUAUGAACAAUGCCUUGACCUUGAAUGCCACAAUAAGACAACAAUCCUCCGAUGCAGAGCUAGUGAUUUUAAAUCUGCCCAGUGUCCCAAUAUCACGCAAAGGUCAAGCAAAUUAUAUGACCUUUCUAGAAGAACUGACAGACGGUCUGUCUAGAAUGUUACUAGUGCGCGGUACUGGCAGUGAGGUGAUCACAGUGUACAACUGACCACAUGUCCCUGAGUCGAUAAAUAGUUUCAUUAUUUUUUUUUUAACUUGACCUGCAUGUUGACACAGCUAGUACAAUGAAUUAAAGGCAUGACAGAUUUCAAAAUAAUCUUUUUUUUUUUUGUACUGGAAUGAAAUAUUUAGAAUUUUUCUCGAUCGAAAUUUUAAUUAAGACAUUUUUUUUUUUGAACUUUCUAUUUGUUUUCUUGAGUGGGUUUAUUUGUUUGGAGUUUCGAAGAUGAAAGAGAAAUCUCAUUUGAUUGAGUGAAUGUCAAGGAAGCAGUGCAGUCAUAUUUGUUGAUAUUGUUUCUGUAGUCAUACAGUUUGGAACCAAUGAGAAAACAAUAAAUGAUUUUAUAAAUAAAUAUAUUUAUUUAACA